AUGGCGAGCGGAACCAGUAGCGGCUCGUCAGGACCCAGGCCUAAAUUUCAGUUGGGCUGGCAACGCUAUGUGCCAUUCCUGGGCUAUCAUCAUGUCUUGAUGAUCUUCAUAGCUUUAGCCAUCAUCCUGCUGUCGCUGCUGUUGUCAGGAUGCUCAUCCUCAUCACCCAUGAUCCCGGAUAUUUUCCUUCUCUCGCUGUAUUAUCAAAAAUACCAACCUACUCCAGACACGGCGCAGGUUGACUAUAACGGCUUCAACGCCAUCGCCAACAUUGCCGGCGGCGCAAGUCUCCAAGCUCGAGUCGGUUACUUUGGCAUCUGCGUCAAUCCAGACGGCGGUUCCUGGCUCUGCAGCAACAACGCGACGGCUUUGGCAAAGGAAGUGGCCGUGGACCAGGAUCCGCUUAACCUGAUAUGGCUGGCAGGCCAGUUUAAGGAAAUGAUUGUUUUCCCCUAUCUGAUCAUCGUCGCCAUCAUCUUUGCCUUCAUUUGCCUGCUGCUUCUGGCCACUUUCCCCGGCUGGCAUGAAGAGGAAGACUCUGAGGGAUCCGAGCGCGAGGUCAAGCCUUUCCCCUCGCGAUUCACCUCUCAAAUCGCCAUCUCCAUCAUCUUCAUCGCCUCCAUCUUUAUCCUCGUGUCUGUUCUUUGGCAGCACACCGCCUCUGUUGCCGCCUCGGUGAUUGCACAAGACUUCGCCAACGGAUCCGUCAAGAGCGGCGUGGGUACCAGCGCCAUGGUCAUGGGCUGGUUCUCCUUCACACUGCUCAUUGUCGUCACUAUUGGCCUUCUCAUCAUGAUAUUAAGCGCGCGCUUGUUGAGGGAUAUGAUUUAA